CCCGGUACACCAAUAUGUCAUGGGCCUCAUGGCCCCUGUCAUCUAUUUAGACAAUCUUCAUUUAGAUUUUCGGGAUUUUCUUUUUUGAUUAAGGCCUUCCAUUAUUAACAUCCUCCUUAUAUUUCGUCCCCUUCAAUACUCUCAAAAUGAGCUGGUGGUGGGCUAGAGAUAUUGGCGCUGCAAAGCAAAAGGAGGAAGAAGCAGUACCUCCUCGAAGCUGCCAGAGUGUGGGCCUGGUGAUCGGCGUGACUGGCAUAGCAGGCAACAGCCUAGCUGAAAUCCUCCCACUCCCAAACACCCCAGGCGGCCCUUGGAAGGUCUAUGGCGUGGCGCGUCGCCCACCCCCCAAAUGGAGCUUGGACCAUCAGCUUGAAUACAUCCAGUGCGAUGUCUCCGACUCCGAGGACUCCCAGAACAAGCUUUCCCAAUUGGUGGAUGUCACCCACAUCUUUUACGUCACUUGGGCCAGCCGACCAACUGAGGCCGAGAACUGCGAGGCCAACGGCGCCAUGUUCCGCAACGUGCUCCGCGCUGUAAUCCCAAACGCCCCGAAUCUCCGCCACAUCUGUCUCCAGACCGGUACCAUACACUACGUCGGACCCUUUGAGGCACGUGGUAAGAUCAAACCCCACAGUCCACCCUUCACAGAGGAUUUGCCCCGAUUGAAUUACGUGCCGAAUUUCUUCUACACUCGGGAAGAUAUUUUAUUUGAAGAAGCCAAGAAUAAGGAGGGUUUGACUUGGUCCAUCCACCGACCCAGCGUGAUAUUUGGAUUUUCCCCCUAUAGCUUGAUGAACAUAAUAGGCACGCUCUGCGUAUACGCCGCUAUAUGCAAGCGCGAGGGUCUUCCCUUGAGAUUUCCUGGAAGCAAAGCGGCCUGGGACGGUUACUCAGUGGCUUCGGAUGCUGAUCUUAUUGCGGAGCAGCAAAUAUGGGCGGGGGUGGACCCUAAUGGUAGGAACGAAGCGUUUAAUUGCAACAACGGGGACGUGUUCAAGUGGAAGCAUCUUUGGAAGGCGUUGGCAGAGCGAUUUGGGAUUGAGAAGUACGGAUUCGAGGAGGUUGAGAAAGUUAGCUUGGUGGAGAUGAUGAAGGACAAGGGUCCUGUGUGGGAAGAGAUUGUUAGGGAGAAUCAACUGCAGCCCACAAAGUUUGAAGAGAUUGGAUUGUGGUGGUUUGCGGACGCGGUACUUUCUGGGGGUGAUUUCGUUGACAGUAUGAAUAAGAGCAAGGAGCAUGGAUUCUUGGGGUUCAGAAACUCCAAGAAUUCGUUCAUUGCGUGGAUAGAUAAGAUGAAAUUUUGCAAGAUUGAGAUCGCAGUAAGUGUAAUCUCUGUUGACUCCGCAGAAACCAUGUGGAAUGAUCUUCGUGAUCGGUUUUCUCAGGAAAAUGAACCAUUAAUAUUCCAAAUUCAGAAGGCUAUCUCAGCUAUGUCUCAGGAGGAUAAAUCGGUUUUCUCUUUAGUUGUUCAACAUGAACGACAAAAAGAGAUAUCUGGUUCAUUGAGCACAAUGAAAAACAAUGCAUCUGCUUUGUUCACAAAAGGUCCUUCCAUUUCUCCUUCUCCAUCUUCUUAUCAUCGACCUACUGCAAGUUCUUCAAAUCCUCGGACUGGUAAGCCAAAUACCAUCCACAAGGAUCAUCCCAUAUGUACGCAUUGUGGUGUGUAUGGUCAUACUAUGGAAAAGUGCUACAGGCUACAUGUAUUUUUUCCUGGUUUGAAGUUCACCAAAGGACAGUCGACUGCAGAACAUCAUUCUGCUCAUCAAGUAUUUGAAGCUGAUUCAUCUACUGAUGCUUUUCCAAUUAUCCAAGAACAAAUUCAGCAACUGUUUGCUUUGAUCAAAUCCAACAAUCCUGAUAACCUGUUGACAUGGAAGAUGAUUGGAGUGGGUAGAGAGAAUGAUGUCCUGUUCCACCUGCUCGAUAAUUCAGUGUUGCCUUCUUUUACUUCACCUGUUAUUUCAGCUCAUAGUCUCUCUGUUAAACAAGUUUCUUCUGAUUUGAAUCACCGAGUGUCAAGCUUCCAUCUACUAGCCUGCAAUAGCCUCAGAAUGAGUUGGUGGUGGGCUAGAGCUAUCGGCGCUGCAAAGGAGAAACAUGACGACGAAGAGGCACCAGCUCGAAGCUACCAGAGCGUAGGCCUUGUGAUCGGUGUGACUGGCAUCGUCGGCAACAGCCUAGCUGAAAUCCUCACACUUCCAAACACCCCAGGCGGACCCUGGAAGGUCUACGGCGUGGCCCGCCGUCGACGCCCCAAAUGGAACUCGGAUCAUCUUGCAGUAGAAUACAUCCAAUGCGACGUCUCUAACUCCCAGGACACCCAAAUCAAGCUCUCCCAAUUAGCCGAUGUCACCCACAUCUUUUACGCCACGUGGACUAACCGAGGCACUGAGUCCCAGAAUUGCGAGCCCAACGGUGCCAUGUUCCGCAACGUGCUUCGCGCUCUAAUACCAAACGCUCCGAAUCUCCGCCACAUCUGCCUCCAGACCGGCACCAAACACUACGCCGGACCCUUCGAGACCCUCGGCAACAUCAAAACCCACAGUCCACCUUUUACGGAAGAUUUGCCCCGAUUGAACGUGCCGAAUUUCUACUACACUCAGGAAGACAUUUUAUUUGAAGAAGCUAAGAACAAAGAGGGCUUGACUUGGUCCAUCCACCGGCCCAACCUGAUUUUCGGAUUUUCCCCCUAUAGCUUGAUGAAUAUAAUAGGCACACUUUGCGCAUAUGCUGCUAUAUGCAAGCACGAGGGGCUUCCCUUGAGAUUCCCUGGAAGCAAAGUCGCCUGGGACUGUUACUCGGUGGCUUCCGAUGCUGAUCUUACUGCGGAGCAGUAUAUAUGGGCGACGGUGGAGCCGAAUGCAAGGAACGAAGCGUUUAAUUGCAACAACGGAGACGUGUUCAAGUGGAAGCAUCUUUGGAAGGCGUUGGCAGAGCAAUUUGGGAUUGACAAGUACGGAUUCGAGGAGGGUGAGAAGGUUAGCUUGGUGGAGAUGAUGAAGGACAAGGGUCCUGUGUGGGAGGAGAUUGUGAGGGAGAAUCAACUGCAGCCCACAAAGUUUGAAGAGAUUGGGUUGUGGUGGUUUGCGGACGCGGUACUUUCUGGGGGUGAUUUCGUUGACAGCAUGAAUAAGAGCAAGGAGCAUGGAUUCUUGGGGUUCAGAAACUCCAAGAAUUCGUUCGUUGCGUGGAUAGAUAAGAUGAAAGCUAACAAAAUUGUGCCUUGAAAGAGGUAGAUGGAAUGUUUUUGUUGUUUUAAAUAAUAACCAUGCGAGAGAGGCAUGCUUUCCUUU